GUACUGUUUCUCUUACGGCGGAUGGAAGCGUAGAGUUAUUCACUACUCCUAUAAUGAAACGUCUCCGAGACUUGAGGCUUUAUUAUUAUUAUUUUUUAAAUAUCUCUUGGAUGUAGGAUUUAACUGUUAUUGUUUUAUUUUCUGAAAAGUAAGAUUGGGAGCAAGUAAAUGGGAAAUCUGUCACUCUGGAGCGUCCUUUGAAGUCUCUCUUCCCGUUUCGUCGUGUAAUUGAGAGAGUAUUUGUUUGAAAAGCCUCAUGUUUUCACCGGGUCAAGAGGAACACUGUACGCCCACCAAAGAGCCCGUAAAGUACGGCGAGCUCGUGGUUUUGGGGUACAAUGGUUCACUCCCCAAUGGAGACAGAGGGCGAAGGAAAAGCCGGUUCGCACUUUACAAAAGAGCCAAAGCCAACGGUGUCAAACCCAGCACUGUACACAUCCUUAACACCCCACAAGCCAGCAAGGCGGUGAACUGUAAGGGCCAGCACAGCAUCUCCUACACACUGUCCAGAAACCAGACGGUGGUGGUGGAGUACAGCCACGACAAAGACACAGACAUGUUCCAGAUUGGACGAUCAACGGAGGGCCCUAUUGACUUUGUGGUGACUGACACGGUGUCAGGCGGAGGGGAGGGUGAGGACACACCCAUCACUCAAAGCACCAUCUCCCGCUUCGCCUGCCGGGUGGUGUGUGAGCGUAACCCGCCCUACACCGCGCGCAUCUACGCUGCAGGCUUCGAUACAUCCAAGAAUAUAUUUCUGGGAGAGAAAGCAGCCAAAUGGAAGAAUCCAGAUGGUCACAUGGACGGCCUGACGACCAAUGGUGUGCUAGUCAUGCACCCGAGGGGCGGGUUCACACAGGAGUCCAAGCCUGGCGUGUGGAGGGAGAUAUCGGUGUGUGGAGAUGUUUACACACUGAGAGAAACACGAUCCGCUCAAACUCGGGGCAAACUGGUGGAGAGUGAGAGUAACGUGCUCCAGGACGGCUCUCUGGUUGAUCUGUGCGGAGCCACGUUACUCUGGCGCACAGCCGACGGUCUUUUCCACACCCCCACUCAGAAGCACCUGGAGGCGUUGCGCCAGGAGCUGAACGCAGCCCGGCCUCAGUGCCCCGUGGGCCUCAACACCCUGGCCUUUCCCAGCAUGCAACGCUGCAGCCGUGCCCUGGCCAGUGGCCCCACCCAGGAGGACAAGCAGCCCUGGGUCUACCUCGCCUGUGGCCACGUUCACGGCUACCACGACUGGGGCCACCGUUCUGAACGCGACCCCAAUGCUCAUAGAGAGUGUCCCAUGUGCAGAACCGUGGGCCCCUACGUGCCACUCUGGCUCGGAUGCGAACCAGCCUUUUACGUCGAUACCGGCGCACCAACGUACGCCUUUGUGCCUUGCGGCCACGUGUGCUCUGAAAAGUCAGCCCGCUAUUGGGCGGAGAUUCCUUUACCGCACGGCACCCACGCUUUCCACGCCGCCUGCCCCUUCUGCGCUACCCAACUCAAUCUGACCCAAAAGUGGGCGAAGCUCAUUUUUCAGGGGCCUAUAGACUGAGAGUGUAGAGGAGGUGGAUGGUGGGUCAUUGCCUAAUCGAAGUGAAGUCCACUAUGCUGAAGGACAGUUCGUAGAAGGUGUGACUGCAAGCUGUGAAACUGCUCUUGAAACACUUAUCCUGGAGAGCAGGUUCGUGCUCAUGACUUUGACUGUGAUCGUUGGCGAAUGACAGGCGUCCGUCAUGAUUUCCUUACUUUUGUCUAAGUUCACACCAGCAUGAGCACAUCACUCAGGAGAUUUAAUAUAUUUCUACACCUGGCUUUAGACUCGAGAUGCUUCUUUCUUGGUGAUCAAGCCUUCCUGUGGAGUUUUGUUGCUUUAAUAAUCCUUCCGGUGAUUUCCAAAGAGCUUGACCGUAUGGUCCUAGCGUGUCGAGUUGGAACUAAACCGUGCAGGAUGGUCCGAGCCCCAGGAUCUGGACUUAACCUCCAUUAUUUUAAGUAGUUCAGUGUGUGCGCAGGAUCCUAAACUCCACUGAGGGCUUCUACGAGGAUCCACUUGUUGGAGCACUGAUUUGGGAACUGCAAUACUAAAAUGGUUGUUUCCAAAGAAUUAAAAAAAUGAUGAUUCUGUUGAAUUUUAUAACAUGUAGAGCUACCCCCAUAGCAUUGACGGGAAUAAUAACCAGCCGCAGCAGAAGCUUCGUUUUCAAAUGGACGGUGCGUUAUGGGAUUACAGUGAUUUGUGAUUUUAGCCUAGUUCUCUGUUCAUAAAAGUAUUCGGAAAUUAACACGUGCUGUUUUUGUGUCUAAAAGGUUCAAGAUUUGAAGUUUUGAUGUAAAGGUGUUUUUAUUCAUACUGGGGUAACCAGUAAGGAGACUAACAACGGAUUUUGCCAAAUAUUUCUGGAACUGGCUUUAGAGUUCGUAACUAAAGUGGUGGUUCUUUGUGUUUUUUUUUUUUUGUAUUAUCUUAAAAACUGUGUCCCAAAUAUUUUGGUACUUAAUCAAAGUAGAUUCUGCAGUCAUCAUCUAGACACAUGUAGAAAAUAAUGAGAAGGAAAACGACGAUGGUGGAGGUUUAUGGCGUAGAGGAGCUGUGAAGCAGUGAUCGCUUGGUAACAAUUUCUCAUUGGUCAAAAUUCUUCCUAUUUCAACUGUUUUAUAAGCUUGUUAUGAGAUUAAAAUGACUUUUAUUCCACUAUUUUCCUAAAUUUUAUACAGAGAUGGUUUCUAAUGUCUAAAGAAAUUUUUACAGGGAAGUGAAGAUGAUAUUUUAGUCAAAAUGAAGGGGUAUUUUUAUAAACACUUGCAAUCUACAGAGCCUUUUACUCACUGAAAAGUAUUUUGCUACACAAUAGCCCAUGUACAAUUCGUUUUAAAACAGAUACUAAUAUAUUUAUUCAAAUAUGUAUUUUAGGUGUCGGUAUGAAUGUCUCAGCCUGAACAACCAGAAAUGGUCAUCUCUCAUUUAUAAGUUCAUGCUGCGUCUGGAGACUUGUGAACAGUCAGUAGUCAUGUGUCUUUUAUUGACGCUCAAGCCUCUGAUGCAUCUUCUGAUUAUGCUUGUGUUUGCAAAAUAACCCUGUGUUCCUCUUACACUCCAUGCUGAAGUCAGACCCAAUAUGAAAUGUAAAGCUGUCAAAUGUCAGAUUGGAUUUGAAUGUUCUGUUUUCUUUUUACUAUUUCACAAGUAGUAGCCUACUUGUGGUGUAAACCCCUUGUGUGGUUAUACAUGCAUUAGAGGAUAUAGUGUUUUCUUGAAACAUAACAUAUCAUUGUGACAUUUUUACACCAAAAGCAAAAUUAAAUGGAUGGGGAGUAUACUUCCUAAAGCAAAGCUACUGUU